CAAAUUUUGGAACCACAUCAUAUCCAACAACUAAUAGCAUUACUUCUUUUGGAAAUUUGUCAUCCAACUUUAGUUCGCCAAACCUUACAACUUCAACAUCGCUUGAUAUAUUUAAUAAUAGCCAACAGCAACCGGCCCUCAAGCCUAACUCUACUGAUAAAAAACAUCCUGAAUUGGCAGCCCUCAUUGGAAAUAUGGGAGAUGGUAUGGAUACCUUUGGUAAUAUUGGUAAUCUUCGUGUCCCAAC